AUGGGUUUUUCUCAAUCAACAACUGACCACUCUCUCUUUCUCCAGUUUAAAGGUUCUGCUAUGAUGGCCAUUCUAGUUUAUGUUGAUGAUGUAAUAGUGGCUUCUUCAGAUUCCAAUGCCAUUCAGCCUUUCAUUUCCUCUCUGGACAAAUGUUUUCAUUUAAAGGAUCUUGGACCCCUCAGGUACUUUCUUGGAGUGGAGGUUGCCAGAUCUUCCAAAGGUAUUUUCAUCAGUCAACGUAAGUAUAUUUUGGACAUUCUUCAGGACACUGGUCUUUCUGGUUGUAAACCUCAAAAUACCCCCAUGGAAUCCAAUUUGAAGUUAUCUAAACAUGAUGGUGAUUUAUUGGAAGAUCCUACUUCAUAUAGACGUCUUAUUGGCAGACUGAUCUACCUUUCCUUUACUCGACCGGAUCUUUCUUUUGCUGUUAAUCGCUUAAGUCAGUUUCUCUCUACACCAAGAGUUCCUCAUCUUCAUGCUGCCCAUCGCAUUCUUGCUUACCUGAAGCAUACUAUUGGACAAGGUAUUUUUUUUGCUACUGAUUCUACUCUCCAUCUCAAGGUCUUUUCUGAUUCUGAUUGGGCAAGUUGCCCUGAUACUAGACGCUCAGUUUCUGGAUUUUGCGUUUUCUUGGUCAUUCUCCUAUCUCCUGGAAGUCCAAGAAACAACCCACAGUCUCAAGGUCUUCGGCUGAAGCAGAAUACAGCACUUUGUAAUUCUCUUUGCUGGUUUCUGUUAUCAGCUGCAAUCCUCCUUUCUCGUUAG